CUAUAGGACUAUACGAUAACCUUAUAUCUGAAUCAGUAUUGGAGGGACGAGAGGCUGUCCUUUAGUGAGAACAACUACGAGCUGACCCUAUCGGGCGAUUUCGCAGAGCGCAUAUGGGUUCCGGACACGUUCUUUGCAAACGACAAGAACUCAUUCCUACACGAAGUGACUGAGAAGAACAAAAUGGUUCGGCUUAAGUCUGACGGGUAUAUCGCUUAUGGCAUGAGGUUCACAACAACGUUGGCCUGUAUGAUGGAUCUCCAUUAUUACCCAUUAGACUCACAGAACUGUACGGUUGAGAUCGAGAGCUAUGGAUAUACGGUAUCAGAUGUGGUGAUGUAUUGGAUGAAAGAGCCGGUGACAGGUGUUGAGAACGCCAAACUGCCCCAGUUCACCAUUUUUGGUUAUGAAACCACUGAUCGCAAGGAAAAAUUAGCCACAGGCACUUAUCAAAGACUAUCACUACUAUUCUCUCUAAAGAGAAAUAUCGGAUAUUUUAUUUUUCAAACAUAUUUGCCAUCAAUUCUGAUUGUAAUGCUUUCAUGGGUUUCCUUUUGGAUCAAUCACGAGGCAACAUCAGCGAGGGUUGCAUUAGGAAUAACGACUGUCCUAACCAUGACAACCAUCAUGAUGUGUUUUGUGUUUGUUUUUGCGGCACUUCUCGAGUACGCGGCCGUCAACUACACCUAUUGGGGCGCCAGAGCUAUUCUUCAUUGCCGCGAAUAUCUUACGUCAAAGCUAUUGACAUCUAUUUAGUGAUGUGUUUUGUGUUUGUUUUUGCGGCACUUCUCGAGUACGCGGCCGUCAACUACACCUAUUGGGGCGCCAGAGCUAAGAAGAAACCCAAACCGACCGACAAAAUCGACUCAUCCGGAAGGGCUAUAUCUCCCGGAGCUGGCAAACAUGGAGACAAUGUAUACAAUGUAUGUGUCACUAAAGCCAUUGAAUACUAUUUGAUAUUAAAUCAAAUCAAUUCAUUCAUUGAUAUACAGAACGAAGAGAUCAUAGAAUUACAUGACAUCCGGAUGUCUCCCAUUCCUUGUCUACGGAACCGACAUAACAAGACGUGUAGUACAAGCGAUAGUGACCUACGAUUCCCUCCAUCAUUGCGAAUGUCAAACCCCGUGCAUCGGAUGUCAUACUCGCCCGGAAGGGCCGGUAUCUACGGACCGAACCGUUCGCGUUACGGCCGAAGUGAUCCUUACAAUAGGGCUAAACCGCGAAUGUUUCAGUCGAUCAGACGCGGCGCCAAUGCUUUCAAAGUGUCGAUCCCU